GACCCUCCUCUCGCCGAUAUCCUCUUCACUUAUCUUCGUUCAUUGCACAUGCAUCUAUCACGGAAAGCGAUGAGAUACUCUCUGGAUAACCACUUGAUGAGUGUGCUUGCGAGGAGGAUCAUCUGGACGCGUCUUUAAAUUUGACGCGACGAGAUCUCGCUUCGCCGAACGAGGUGAACACGCGAAAGAGGUAUGUACAUGCCCACAACUGGUGUUCAUAUUCGAAAUCUGCCAUGAAUUCUGAUUGACAGAUGAAACUUUGACAGACCUCUUCUAUAAAAUCGACGCGCAGUGCGUGUAGAAGUGCCUCAGAGCACACCGGAACGCGCAGUUUGCUUGAAGUUCGUUGCAAAAUGUGCUCCAGUUGGCUGACUGGCUAUGUAGUAUACGCUUCAUAGACACCUUUAGCGCGUCCAUCAUGCCCAUAAGUUCACGAUCACGAUAGUGAAGGCGUGUUGGCAUUGUGCCCCCACGAGAUGUCUAUACUCGCGCCUGGACAUCGGCAGAAUUCGAGAAGGCCAUUACAGAAUUCGCUUGCAGUUCAAGGGCUGUCUUGGAGCCCUUGUACGGAAAUAGGUAUAAUGUGCAUGCUUGCAGCAUGUUUCCUCGCUGUGAGCCCAUAUAUGUAUAUAUACUGUACAUCGAUGCAGGUCGCUUACUUCCCAUACUCUUUCUGUUAACUCACUCGUUCGUUAGCUUGGUCUCAACAAACUGACAGAUAAAGUUUACGCUCUAAAUUGCAAAAAUUAGAUACCAUGCCAGCUCCAGUGAAUGGAAAACAGAAGACUAAAUCCAUUAUAAACGGUAUACUUCCGGUAUCACACCCAUCGACAACAAAUGGCUCGAGGACGGUUGGUCCUGCUCUCGAAGAGCUGCAGUUGUUGAAUCAUACCGCCCUGGAGUCGCGAGAUAGGACAGACCAUGAAUUGCAAACUGCUCCCAUAUUAACAAGAGGAGCAUACUUAGCAGCUGGCUUCUACGGCAAGUCCUCGCAGUAUGGCGUUCUGGGAAGCGUUCUGGGCAUAUACGAUCAAAACAACAAGGAUGUUCCUGAUGAUCCGCGUGUUUAUGUCAACACCAACGCUCCCUUUUCUGCGUUGGUCUGCGGUGUGCAGGGGUCGGGCAAGUCACACACUGUCUCUGUCAUGCUAGAGAAUAUGUUCAUCCCCAAGUUUCCUGCGAUUGGCUCACUCGAGAAACCAUUGUCAGGGCUUGUACUUCAUUUUGGUGAAGGUGGCCCAAGUGCAAGACCCUGCGAGGCCGCUUGGGUGGGCGUAUCCACGUAUGCGGGUGCUGACGCUCCUCCCAUUAGAGUAUACGUCUCUAGGUCUUCCCUGCAGACCAUGAGAGGCGUGUACUCCGCAUUGGGACCGAACGUGGUGGUUGAGCCAUUAGUGUUCUCCGAAUUCGAGCUGGAUGCAGAGGCAUUCUUGUCUAUGAUGGCUGUUGGUUCAUCCGAGUCUGCACCACUCUAUGUGCAGAUCAUCCUGUCUAUCCUGCGCGAAAUGGGGGAGAACUACAGCUAUGCUGCGUUCCAGGGAGAACUGGAGGAACACAAGAAGAACUUCAAUCCUGCCCAAUUGGCAGGAUUGGAGCAACGCAUGGCCCUCCUGCAUUCAUUCAUGGAUCGGGACAACUACACGGACCAUGAGAGAUUUUCUCCGGGCCAGCUGACGAUUAUCGACCUCUCAGAUCCAUUCAUCGACCCCGCCGCUGCCUGUGGUUUAUUCGAAAUUCUAACGCGUCUGUUCGUCCGCGCCGAUGUUGAUACUGGUAAAGUCCUUGUUGUAGACGAGGCACACAAAUACCUCUCUGCGAACAAGGGCAAUUCUGGUCUGACGAAGGCCUUGUUGUCACUCAUUCGGCAACAACGACAUCUGGCCAUGAGGGUCAUCAUUAGUACGCAAGAACCGACCGUUGUUCCACCCGUUCUGCUCGAUUUGUGCAGCGUAGCUAUUCUUCAUCGUUUCGCUUCACCCGCAUGGUGGGAACACAUCUCUCAACACGUUUCUGCUCGUCUUUCGGCCGACGAGGCCUUCAACCACGUUGUUACCCUGCAGACGGGUGAAGCCAUAGUGUUAGCGCCAUCUGGGUUGGGCAUGGUUCGAGAUAUUGUCGAGGCUGUGUCCACAGGCAGUCAUCCCAGGGUACUCAGCCAGUUGGGUCGACGCUAUAUCUUGAUGAAGACCCGCAAACGUGUGACCGCAGAUGGGGGUGCCUCGAUCAUGGUUCUUUGAAUCCAUCAUUUCUUGUUGUUUCAUUUUCAAAGACAUGUAUUUCUACUACUGCUUCGUUUCUUUUGAUGAUUUCCCUCCUUUUUUUCCUGUAUCAUCCUGCUUUCCGCAUCUACAGAAUGAUUAUGUUGACGAUAUUGAAAGACCAGAUUGCCUUUCUUCCUCCAAUCACUUCACUUCUCCCUCUGUGCCAAUCGUUUCGUAUCAUUCUGCAUUCACGAUGGCUUG